UUGUAUGAUUCUGAAGAUGAUUUUGAAGAUGAUGUUGAAGACAAUCUUAAAGAUAAUUCUAUUGCAAAUGAUUUGUCUGAAGUCGAUUCCAGUACACUAGAAAUUGAAAAUAGUGUUAAUUUAAAUCUUGCUUUGAAUAAUGUAGAUCAACUUUUAAUUCUAGAUGAAGUUAUUGAUCAUGGUGAAAAGAAUUUUGAUAUUGACGCACUUGUCAAUCAAGAAAUGCAGAUGUGA